CCGCGGAGGGGAGCGGAGACGUUGAGCCCGGACGUCCUGUUUCGUGGCUUUUUUGUUGUUGUUUUGGGGACUAACCGACGGAGGCACAGAAGGCCCAAACCCGAACAAAAACACACCUGCCGCCGGUCUCCUGUCUGCCAGUCUCCCCGCUGCUUAACCGCAUUCAACCCGCCGUCCUCGGCCCAGCAGAUAGUGUUAUAACCGCUUACAACUGUCCCCGUAGACGUGUUCUUACGUUGCUUUUAGCCUGGUUAGCUCUCACGCUAACUUCCCCAUGUAUUCCUAUAGAGUUAGCUGUUAGCUUACGUGCUCUACUCGGCUAGCACGUAGCUCCUGACACAUUUCACAGCCAACAAGGUAACGCCAGCUAAUGUGUAUUAUUCACACGGGACUUACAAACACAACUGAAAGCCAGGUGACACGCGGGAUGUUUGGUGCUAACCGAAAGAAGUUCAUGGAGGGGGGGAUAGAGAGCGACUACGCGGACGACUCCAGCCUCUACUACACCCAGCAGUCCAUGUUCCCUCCACACCGCCCGGACAAAGACAUGCUGACGUCUUCCUCUGCUUCUUCAACGGGUCAACUGUCACAGCUAGGAGCCAGCCUGUAUGGCCCGCAGAGUAAGACCACGCAAAUACACACCCGCUAGGACCUUAACUCCACUGACAAGUCCAAGUCCAAGACCUUUAUUUGUCCCCCGAGGGGCGAUUAAUUCAGCUGCAGUAGCA